AUGGCACCUCGAAGUUUCAAAAACCUCGUCAUCACCGUGGGCGGGACAUUUCCCAACCUGAGACAGGUGGACUUAAAAACACUUAUUGAGGGGAAUGGUGCGACUUUCAGCACAGCGGUCACGGAUGAAUGUACCCAUCUAGUGACCACCGAGAAGGAUGUGGAGAAGCAGACUACCAAAUAUAAACAAGCAUCCCAAGUCGCCAAUUGCCACAUUGUUCCACUUUCGUGGCUUCUUGAAUCAGCCGAAGCGAAGAAACCAUUGCCGGAGUCCAAGUAUUCAUUCGGCCAGGCGUCGCAGCCAGAUGACGACACACAGAAGACUGCAGAUGCUGCUCCUGCAGAAAACAAGCGUAUUACUAGGAAGCGAGGUGCGGAUGCGGCUCCCGCUGAAACACAAGACACCCAGAAGAACGGUGCAGAUAGCAAAGCUAAACCAUCCGAGGAUAAGAAGCCCGCAAGCAAGAAACGAAGCGCGACUGAAGACCCCGUCAAAAAUGGUUCCGACAAAAAGACAAAGGACAUCCAGAAGACAACCAAAAAGACGAUUAAUGUCCCAGUCGAUGAGGGCUUCAUGGAAUUUGGUAAAAUCAAGGAUCCCAAGGUUUACAUUGAUAGUGCCGGUCUGAUCUGGGAUGCCACCCUGAGCCAGACCGUUUCGGCCAACAAUGCCAACAAAUUCUAUCGUAUCCAGUUGUUGAGCGGUACAAACUCAAAGUACUUUACCUGGACACGCUGGGGUCGAGUUGGGGAGCAUGGGCAGUCAGCCUGCCUCGGAGAGGGCAGUUUAGGAGCCGCGAUGAAGCAUUAUGAAAAGAAGUUCAGAGACAAAUCAGGCCUGAAAUGGGUGGAUCGGCUCGAUACCCCUAAAAACGGAAAGUACACAUUCCUUGAGCGCAACUAUGAAGAGGACGAUGAAGAUGAAGAGCCGGUGAAGAAGGAAAAAACCAUCAAGGAAGAAGAGGACCAGCCCGAGGUAGAGAGUGCCUUAUCCAAGGGACUUCAAAACCUCAUGUCUUUCAUCUUCAACAAACAGGAUGCUCUCGACACGUUGGCUGCAAUGUCCUAUGACGUCCACAAACUACCACUUGGGAAGCUGAGCGACCGGACUUUGAAAAGCGGGUUCUCGGCUCUAAAAGAGAUCUCCGAGCUGAUGAUUACACCAAGUGUGGCGCAAGCAAAAUAUGGCCAAUCAUAUAAUGAUGCCAUAGAAACGUUGAGCAACCGAUAUUUCACCUUGAUUCCUCACGUCUUUGGCCGCCAUCGGCCCCCAACCUUGAACACAAAUGCGCAGAUCAAGAAGGAAAUUGAUUUGCUGGAAGCACUGACGGAUAUGGACGUUGCCAAUGAAAUCAUGGUAUCGUCCAAGCAAGGCGACGACACCCACGCGCUGGAUCGCCAGUUCCAGAGCCUGGGUAUGAAGGAGAUGACCGAACUGGACCACAAAUCAACCGAGUUCGUAGAACUCGAGAACUACUUGAAGAACUCUCGCGGCGACACACACAACAUGAGCUACAAGGUCGUGAACAUCUUCCGUAUCGAACGCCAAGGCGAAAACGACCGCUUCAACACCUCCCCCUAUGCCAGCAUUCCAAACAGCGACCGCCGCCUCCUCUGGCAUGGAUCUCGCAGCACAAACUUCGGUGGUAUCCUCAGCCAAGGCUUGCGCAUUGCGCCGCCCGAAGCACCCGUCAACGGCUACAUGUUCGGCAAGGGUGUGUAUUUAGCAGAUACCUCGAGCAAAUCCGCAAACUACUGUUGUGCCUACAACAGCCGGGGGAUGGGGUUGCUUCUUCUCUGCGAUGCCGAGCUCGGUGCACCCAUGCUGGAACUUGUAGAUAGCAACUAUAACGCUGGCGAGGAUGCACGCAACUCUGGCAAAAUUGCUACACUCGGCAAGGGCUUGAACGUUCCUGGUGGAUGGAAGGAUGCUGGAUGUUUGAAUCCGGCUUUGGAGGGUGUGAAGAUGCCUGAUGUGGCUAUUGGCAGCACCCACCUAUCUGAAAACCGUGGCCUGUUCUACAAUGAGUACAUUGUGUAUGAUGUUGCGCAGAUCCGACAGCGCUAUUUGUUCCAGGUCAAGAUGAACUGA